CGCACACCAACACCUCAUAUCGCUCAAGAAACAAUGGCCAUGUCCCUCACCCUCUCCUCCCGCGUCGCCCUCAGCGCGCGACCCGCCGUCAAGGCGACCAAGUCCGCCCGCCGCGCGGCGAUCGUGGCCAAGGCUGAGAUGUCCGUCGAUGAGCCCGUCGUCGAGGCGGCGGUCGCGCCCGCCCCUGCUUCCAUGAAGGACAACUUCGUCAACGCCAUGUCCUUCGGCGGCUGGGCGCCCGAGACCAUCAACGGCCGCGUCGCGCAGAUCGCCUUCGUCGCCGGCCUCGGCGCGGAGCUCUCCACCGGCGAGUCCUUCACCUCCCAGUUCGCGCACCACGUGCCCUCGCUCGUGUUCGCGUCCGGCCUCAUCACUCUCGCGUCGUUCAUGCCCAACAUGCAGAACACCGACGAGUACAAGGCCAACCCCGCCACGUUCAAGUCCAUCGAGCGCCCCUUCACCGUCGAGGCCGAGCGAACCAACGGCCGCGGCGCCAUGGUCGGUCUCGUCGCCAUGUUCAUCGUCGAGAAGCUCAUCGGCGGCCCCAUCACCGGCAUCUUCUCCGACUCCGGCGACGAGCUCCUCACCUCCACCUUCUACGACGAGUCCUUCGCCGCGCAGGUCGAAGCCCCCGCCGCGGCGCCCGCCAAGUUCGUGGACUUCGAUUCCGCCGUCGUCGCCCCCGCGCCCGUCGUCGCCGCCGAGUCCGCGGACGCCGCCGCCGCGUACGAGGCUGCCGAGGCUGCGGAGCCCAUCCGCGUGGAGGGUGCCGUCGACGCCGACGUCGAGGCGGAGGCCAUGGCCAUGGGCCGCGCCGUCUCCAUGGCCGAGGACGCCAUGUAAUCGUCUCGAAAACGAGACCGCACGCACGCACGCACGCAGCUUCGCUUUGAUUGUUUGAACGCACGCAACUAGACCGCUCGCAACUAGCCUUUAAUACGAAUAGCUCUCGAAAAG